AUGCCACCAACAUUGAUUUCACCUUCGGAAAAUGAUUAUAUUCUUCGAGGAGUUGAUGCUAAUAUUCGUGCGGACGGCAGGGGACGUCUUGAUUAUCGUCAAGUAAUAUUGGAAACCGGUCUUAUAACGCAGGCUAGUGGAAGUGCUCGUUGUAGGCUGGGAGAAGGAACCGACGUAUUAGUUGGUGUUAAAGUUGAGCUCGGUGCAAUAGAAUUAGAUGGUGUCGAAGAAGAUGUUGCCGAGAUAAAGGCUAAAAGGGGAAGAGUUAUCUGUAAUGUCGAAUGUUCUCCAAUUGCUUCACAACAAUUUGCAGGUCGAGGAGCUGACGAUUUCAAUAUUGAGCUCACCCAGAUGUUGGAUCGUGUAUUGAAUGGCCCACAAAGUGGUUUGGAUCUUGAAAAACUAUGUAUCAUCCCCGGACAGCAAUGUUGGAUUGUUUACAUUGAUGCCAUAGUUUUAGACUAUGCUGGGAAUUUAUUAGAUACAAUAUUUAUGACCACACGAGCCGCACUUUAUAAUACAAAAGUACCAAAAACAAUUAUACAGGACAUCGGUGAUGGAGAAAUAGUAUUCGAUAUAUCAGAUGACGUUGAAGGAUGGGAGAGAAUUGAAGGCUGGGAUAAGGUUCCAGUCGCCAUCACUUUGAAUAAGAUCGGAUCGCGUCAUAUCGUUGAUGCCACUCCACUAGAAGAACUUACGACAGAAGCUAAACUGCUUGUAACAGUGAACAAAAAUGGUAAAGUUUGUGGACUUCAGAAAAGUGGAGGCGGAAGCAUAGAUCCAAGUCUACUAAAUGAAAUGGUGCAGACAGGACGAUCGUUAGGUCAAAGUUUGAUAAAAAGUUUGGAUGAAAUGGUCCGACGGGAAGAAAAUGAUAUUAAUUUGAAGCAAUCGCGAAGAGAACGUGUAGAGAAACUUGGAUUUUUCGCUGCGACAUAG